AUGGCAACGAUGAUGGAGAAGAAGGAGCAAGUGGCCACGUGGAACGGUGACCCUACCACGUGGCUGGAAUACGUGAAACGGGUUCGCUUGCAGUUUGAGCGAACAGAGAAGAAGAGGAGGUGCUUGUUGGGUGCAGAGCUUGCUUCGAGGCUCACGGGCCGAGCAUGGGACAUCGUCAGCGCUGAGGUCGAUCAUUCUCAGUUGCAGAAGCGUGAUGGUGCUGCAUAUUUGCUUCGUUUUCUGGAAGAGCGUUUGUGCAAGGCACCUGUCCCGGAUACAGGCCAGAGGCUGGAAGACUUCUUUCUUCGCCUGAGGCGAACACCUGGUUCGUCCAUGGCAGAGUGGGCAACCCAGGUGAGAGAAAGUUACCGUCGACUUCAGCGAGCUAUGGCACGACAGCGAAAAGACUUGGCAGACCGUGAUGGUCAGUUGAGAGAGCGUGCAAUGUUUUCGACUCACUCCAACCCAGGUCAUCGUCGACAGUCGGAUGUCACUACACCCAAAGCCCCUACAGCUUCAGUUGAGAGCGCAAGUCCUGGAUUUCCGGCCACCGAUUCUGGAAACGGCCAGACCGACAGGCCUGAUGAUCCAAGGGAGACAGAUGAGCCCGACCGAGGUGCCUAUGAGCGUGUUCCCACACAAGACCCUGGCUCCGAUGCAGGCAAUGAUUGGUGGACCCAGGAGGAGUGGGACACGUGGCGGCGCAGAAACCGCCAUUGGCGUCGAGACGAUGCCAUGUCAUGGACAGCUUGGGAGGAGGAUGAAGAGGAGGAUCCGGUGAUUGAGUGGGAACAAUUUGAUUUGGGCUCCGAGCGCAUUUUACCGGAUGAGAUCCUUGGUUGGAUCCUUUUGCGCAGGAGCGGCCUUCCAGCAAAUGCUAGGUUGUCAGUGUUGAGCGCUACAAACAACAGGUUGGACCUUGCAUCUAUGGAGCGUGCUAUGCGUGACCAGGAGGAGGAGUUGUUGGCCGCCGAGGCCCAUCGCAGUCGCGGUGAUUUGCCCCGACCUCGUCGAUCGUUUUGGGUUGAAGAGGAUGCACAUUGGGGCUUGUUGUCAGAAGUUGACAUUGAAGAUGUUGAUGACAAUGUGUUUUGGGUUGGCGAACGACUUCCCCCUGAUGUUUACAGUGCUCCUGCUGAUGAAAGCAGUGCUUGGUCGACUUGGCUCCCUGAUGGCCAAGAGCUGAGUUGGGAAUGGCAUGAAGAUGAUUUCUAUGCCUCGGAUGCUGCAGGAAUCUUUUGGUCCUGGUCAGAGACCAAGACCUGGUUGGAUAUGUGCGAUGCUCCGACCUCAGAUGGAGAUCCGCUGCAAGAGGCCUAUGACCACGACUUUAGGCGCUGCCCCAAGAGACAGAGUUCUUCCAGCACAGGAGCUCCGGCCCGAUCUCUCUAUGCUGCAGCGGUGUUCAUGGUCAGUUCUGAGCAAGCUGACGAGAUUGCUGAUGUGACCUUUCCCACCGGAGAUGUUCUUGCGACUUUGGCUGCCCAAUUUCCUGGCCACGCAGUGCUGGACUCCGGCGCGACGGAAUCGAUCGCUAGCUUGGAGGCAAUGCAUGAGGUCAUGGAGUUGCGAGCCUCGAUCCACGGUCCUGAGCAUUUUGUAGUGCAUGCUCAACAGAAACGUUUCCGUUUUGGAAACGGGAGCAUCCAGAACGCAGUGUCUUUUGUAGAGCUUCCCCAGAUAGUGGCAGGAAAGCAUGUGAAGCUGGGCGUUCACGCCCUGGAUGCACCGGGCAUUCCUUUGUUGCUGUCAGUCAAGACACUGACGACCCUCCGUGCUGUGAUAGAUUUUGAUGAAGGCCUGAUCUGUUUCAAGGAGGUAGAUCCUUCAGUUUGGAUCAAGCUGAAACGAGCAUCCAAUGGCCAUUUACUUUUGGACCUCACCAAAGACUGGCUCUCUGACCGGCCAGAUUCAUGUCUCACGGUGCACGACUUGCACGACUCUGAGCUCAAGCAUGCGGUGCGCUUUGCCAUUUGUGGUAGCUGCUACCGUGCUUUCUUCGACAACCUCUCCUCCAAGCUCUUCGACUCCAAGCUCGCUUUGGCCACGACUCCGGUUCCAAAGACGACCACGAAGAAGAAGGGCACCAGGGUGCCGACACCGGAGAAGUACGACGUGAGCCGCAGGGAAGGUCCCGACGGCCGGGACAGCCGGGCACAAGGAUUUCCUUGCUAUGGAAACCACACUCCGAUGCCCGAGGGGCGUGGGAGCCUGUCAGGCAGAAAUGGCCAUGGCAAAUGGACAGUGUGCACUCUAUGUCGGCUCCGGAUCGAGUACGUGCCGGCGUACGGUGCAAAAGGGUGUUAUCGCCAGCCCGGACCCCUUGCUCCAGAUGUGACGACCGUCAUGGAGCAGGUGAAGGACGACAUCAAGGACAAACCAGAAGUCCGGGAGAACCUGAACAUGAAGAUGGCGAGCACUCUUGGAGCAGAAGCUUCCCUUCGAAAGAAGCUGGAAGUCCUCGAGAACGACAAGCACGAGCUCGACCGGAAGCGGUCAAGAAUCCGAGGAACAGGAGACAGCGGAGUGGGAGAAAGUGACACCAUCUCCCGAAAAGCCGUGAGACACCACAUCACCGACGAGACCUACGAUACUGAAGAUCCCUUCGGCCAGAUCUAUGGAAAGCUGACUCCACUGCAGCAGGAAAGCCUCAUGACCUCAGCCGACCACUAUCAACAAGAGGCAGAGGAGACCUUUGAAGUGCUCUUCAACACGUCGUCUCAGGUAGACUUGAUGGAAGUGUGUUGCCCUCCUGACAGUCGCUUGUCUCAGACAUUCCUGGACAACAACCGCAAGGCGAUCCGAGUUGGCCUGCCGGCCCAUGACCUGUCCAACUCCAAGGACACUGAGGAGAUCAUCGCCAUGAUCCAUGACUUGAGACCCAAGAUGAUGUGGAUCUCUCUUCCUUGCGGACCUUACUCUCCUAUUCAGCACAUCUUCAACCAGGCAACUCCGGAGCAAGAAGCAGCACUGCUUCUGAAGAAGAAGAGAUCUCGGAAGCUCACUCGCAAUGCCCUUCGCCUGGUGAAGACACAGCUUGAAGAAGGAGGACAUGUAUGUUGGGAAUGGCCUCAAAACAACGGUGGCUGGCGACUUCCCGAGCUCAAGGUCCUCUAUGAUCUGAUGAACCAGUUCAAGGAGACGCACCAUGCCCACAUCCAUGGCUGCGCCUUCGGCGUGAAGAAUGCAGUGGGUAUGCCUUUGAAGAAACCAUGGAAGGUGGUUUGCACUUCACCCUCUAUGGCAGCUGCGCUGACUCGCCGAUGUCCUGGAAACCACGAGCAUGCCGAAUGCAUUGGUGGGCAAGAUGCUCGAAACUCGGGCUUCUAUCCAGAAGCCAUGUGCCGGACUAUCUUUCGCACGGUCCAGUCUAUGAACCACUCUCUGGAUGGUGGAGCCUUUGCCGAGUCCUUUCCCAUCUUCGAUGACACCCUGAUGGAGGAUGAGAAGGAGCUCAACUUAGAGAAACCUUUGAGCGACAGUGAACGAAAGAUGGCCAUGCAGACUCUGGCCAAGCUACACCGACGCACCGGGCAUCCCUCCAAUCAUGCCCUAUCUGGUUGCCUCAAACAUCGUGGAGCUCACCAUGAGGUGAUUGAGAUGGCAAAGAAAUAUCAAUGUCCAGAAUGUCAAGAGCUUCGGCUAGCUGAGUUGAACCCUUCUGGAGCUCUUCAGCGGUCCGACACUUUGUGGGAAACACUGGUUCUGGACAAUGCUGAGAUGACCGUCGACAACCAGGUCAUCCAUUGCAUGAUUAUGAUGGACGAGGCCUCACGCCUUGUUUGCCCUCACUACCUCUUCCAGCAUGAGAAAACGGUGAGCCGAAACUGCACAGGCUUUGAAGCUAUGCAGGCCAUUGAGGAGACCUGGAUCAGGCACUAUGGCAAUCCAGCCGCCAUCAGGCUGGACCCUGAGGGCGCCUUCAAGUCCUCAGAAUUGGCGCAAUGGGCUGCUGAGAGAGGCAUUGAAGUUUUGCCAUGCGCUGCUGAAGCUCAUCAGCAGAUCAGCGUGGUUGAGAGGAUGAUUCAAACGGUGAAGAAUACCGUCAAGCAGCUGCUCCAAUCCGGAGAGUUUGAUGCAUGGUCAGCAAUCAUCCAUGCAUGCCGCAGUCACAAUGAAGGUGAACGCAUUGAGGGGUUCACUCCCUUCCAGUGGGCCUUCGGACGAAUGCCUACUUUGAGCGGAAGCUUCCAUGAAAAGUCGCCCGACCUCCCUUUCUGGACGUCUUCAGGUGUUCCUGGAAGCGCUAUGGCCGUGAACCUCAAACAGCGAGUGAUGGCACAGAAUGUCUUCAUGAAGAACCAGGCCUUCGACCAGAUCACCCGAGCGGCCAAUGCAAAGACCCGCCGACACCAGAUCUUCUUACCUGGUGACCUAGUCUUUUUCAAGAGAAUCAAACCUCCUGCUCAACCACAGGCAUCAGUCAGGAUGGCUCACAAGCUGUGGCGCUGGUAUGGUCCAGCCCGUGUCUUGGCCUCUGAAACCAGGACCGAUGCUCAUGGUGCUGAACGGAAGCCUUCCCACAUCGUGUGGAUUGUGUCACACGGCAGGCUGAAACGGUGUGCUCCUGAACAACUUCGGCACGCCUCAGAACGAGAAAAGACCCUGGCAGAGCAUGCAGACUCACCUACGGCCUCAUGGACUUUCCAUGGACUCACCAAGACGCUCUACAAGGGUGAAUAUGAGAUUUUGGACAAGAACGUCUUUCCGGAAGACCUGGAUGCACAGGGGCCACCCCGGGAACGAAGAGCCAGGUCCAGAAGCCGGAACCCCGGCACCCCCGGAUCACCAGGCGUGGCACCAGGCACUCCCAGAGCACCGCAACAGCAACCAGCAACUCCGACAGCAUCCCAGAGAUCCAGAACUCCCGGAAGAGGUUCAGGAGAGACGCAUGAGAGAAAGGUGAAACCAGAAACGGCGUCCAAGGCACCAGCCACACCACAACCAUCUGGCACCAGUUCAUCCCAGGUCAGCCUGUCCAGAUUGGCACGAGAUCCAAGAUACACACCCGAGCCAGUGCCAAAACCCAGAACUGUUCCAGAACUCUUUGAGCAGCCUAUCUUCAAGAAGCAACGACGCCUACACCAAGGCGAAGAUGAGGCGAUGAUGGUCAGUGACACUAUGACCACGCCCAUGGAGGAUUUGGCUGACUACGCCUGCGUUCUCUACCUGGACUUGCCAAGCAAAGCCAAUGAGUGGAGAAAGAUGCGACGAACGCCCAUCAACUACUUCGUGAAGAAGGUGCGUGGAGCAGAAAUCCAAUGGCACAAACUUGAUCCCACCGAGAAGAAGAAAUUCAUGGAGGCAAAACACUUGGAGGUGCAGCAAUGGCUCACCGCCUCAGCCGUGAAGCGCAUCACAGGCGACUAUCCCAAAGAUCGCCUAGUGAGAAUGCGGUGGGUGUUGACCUACAAAGAGAAUGGAGCAGCCAAAGGCAGAAUAGUGCUGAUCGGGUUUGAAGACCCCGACCUAGGCUCAAUUCAGAGCUCAGCACCGACAAUGUCCAAACGAACACGCCAGUUGGCCCUUCAGUACUCCAGCAUCAUGCGCUGGCGCCUGCUCAAAGGGGACGUGAAGUCAGCCUUCUUGCAAGGCGACCCGGAUGAAGCAGAUAGAGCUCUCUAUGCUCGCCCGGUUCCAGAGCUGGCUGAAGCCCUCCACAUGAAGGAGAAUGAGGUGGUCCAGGUCCUCAAGUCCUGCUACGGCCUGGUGAACGCACCUGCUAACUGGUACUUGUGCAUCAGACGUACUCUUGCUGAGCUGAACUUCACACAGAGCCGCAGUGACCCAUGUCUCUGGUUCUACUACAUGGAGACUGGCGACCCCGAGCGACCCAAAGAGCUGGCUGGCUACAUUUGCUCUCACGUUGAUGAUUUUAUCAUCAGCGGCAAUGAAGAGUGUGAACAAUGGGUUGAAGCACUACAGGCAUUCCACGGCAGGUUUCGAUGGUCACCAUGGGAACACCAGAAUUUCCUGCACUGUGGCAUUCGCAUUCGUGAAGAGCCUGACAGCAGCUUCACUCUCGAUCACUCAGCCUAUUGUGAGGCCAUUGAGCAGAUCACCUACACCACCAAGAAUGAGCAUGAGCCUUUGACCAAAGACGAGAUGUCUCAGCUUCGGGGAGCACUCGGUGCACUUCAGUGGCGGGCGCAACAGACCGCGCCUCACCUGAUGGCCCGACUGGGUCAGCUGCAGAGCUCCAUCACCAAAGCCAACAUUGAGACCAUCAAGGCCACCAACAAGCUGAUUCGUGAGAACUUCCAGCAUCGCUACUUGUCGGCACGAAUUAAUCAGCUGGGUGUGGAGGAUCCCCGAUCGGUUCACUUCGUGGCAUGGAGCGACGCAGCUCUCGCAAAUCGCAUCGACCUCAGCUCUACUGGAGGAUUCCUCAUAGCGGCUACUUCGGAGAAGAUGUUGCUUGGUGAGCGUGCUCCUUUGACGCUAGUCUCUUGGCGUUCCAGCCGCUUAGCUCGAAAGGCCAGAAGCAGCUUGGCAGCAGAGACCCAGGCUAUGAGCGAGGCAGAUCAAGAGCUCCUUUUUGUGCGACUAGCCUGGGCAGAGUUUUGUGCUUUUGAAGUUGAUUUGAAAGCCAGCGAGAAGGCAAUCUCGCAAAUCCCCGGAACAGUUGUCACAGAUGCAAAAGCACUUUUUGACAUUUUGUUGAAGAGUGAUCUCAAUUCGGCCGCGGCAGGGUUGCGUGAUAAAUAUUCCGCAUUGGAGGUGCUUUGCCUGCUUGAAUCCUUGGCAAAGCUAGGAACCAAGGCUCGCUGGGUGCAUAGUGACCAACAGCUUGCCGACCAUUUGACCAAACCCCUUCCGGCCGGAACACUCCAUAAGGUCCUCAGUGAAGGCGCAUGGACGUUGGUUUUCGACCCAACUUUUACAAGCGCCAAGAGGGUAAAGGCGGCCAUGCGGAACAACUCGAGCCAAAAGUUUGUGGGCAUGUCGAAUUCUGAGCCUGACCCAACCUUUUUGUGUGAGCUUGACUGA